AUGAAGAAGCAUAGAAUUUAUUCAUUUUUCCGCUCAUCAAUAUUCCAAGGUGUUGCGCUUUGUUGGGCUGCUUUAAUUUUGAUACUGGUGGCAGUUGUCCUUGCAGGAAGAUUUUGUCAAGUGACGGAUCUUAAUAUUGUAUUUAAUAUACGUGUAGGUUUAUUAUUGACAAUCACAACUAUAAUCACGAGGGUCUUAACUUUUAUUACAGCUUUUAUGUUACCAGCAAUUUUAGCAGGUAUUUUAUCCUUUGAUAAAGUACCCGCUUUAAGUGGAUCAGCUAAAAAAAUUUGUCAAUUAAUGAAUGCAUCGAUGUCUCGCUGUUUAUUGAUCACUGGAAAAGCUUGCUUUAAUUGUGGUCAAAUUCGAAAAAUUUCAGCUACUGUCGCUUUAGUGUUAAUAUGUCAAUAUAUUAUAUCAGCUGCUGAUUUAUAUCUCCAUGCCUCAGCAAUCGGAAUUAAUGAACAAGCACCUGGGCCAAAAAUCACAAGUGCAAGAGCACUUAAUAUAGCAAAUAACUGCUCUGAAGGUUUUAACUAUUAUUUUGAUACCUGUGGACUAUACAGUAGUUUGAAUUAUGAAGAUUCUGGAGUGACAAAUCCUGUCAAAUCUUUGGAGGUAUACAAAAAUAUAAGCAAGACUUUACAAAUUUGGCGUGCUGACGGAGGUGUUUAUCUUUUGCAAUCCCCACCUGAAAAAGCCUAUGAAUACACUGGGUCUGGUAUAUUUUUAAAACCUUAUUGUGAAGCGAUUAGCAGCACGUGCAUGUUAAAUGAAUAUGAUAGUUUUAGCUUAACAUAUUCCUGCCCCGCUUCGUUAUGGUUCGCUAAUGGAACUGUAUGCAAAUCACCUAAUAAAAUAGAUAAUGUAAACAUAACUUCAGUAUAUUAUGAUACGGUAGUCGAAAAAUGGAUUGCAUCUAACCCCAUACAUGCAAUUGUUUCGGCUAUAUAUUCUUUAGGGAUGUUAAAAAGUGAAGAUCCUGAAUUCGUGGAAACUAGUAGUGGUGACUUUGCAAUCUUGAUGCACUGCAAAAUUCAUGCCUCAAUAAUUGAAUAUGUUGCCACUCUUGGGUCAUUAAAAGCUACUCCGCUGGGAAAUCUAACAAAUGCACAACUUUUAGCCGUUGGCUUUGCAUCAAUAGUAAUGUCUCAGUAUGCAAUAGAUGACACUGUGGAUGCAGCAUUUAAAGAAAAUAGUUCAUCAUACGUUAAUGCAUUUUCUCAACAAUUUGCCCAAGCAACCAUUGCUUCAUUUGUCGGUGCCGUACAAGAGAACGGGAAGGAUAUUAUUACAUGCCCGAAAUAA